UUCACACUACACCGUCCUUCACACUACUGUACACCGCCCUUCACACUACACCGUCCUUCACACUACACCGUCCUUCACACUACACCGCCCUUCACACUACACCGUCCUUCACACUACACCACCCUUCACACUACACCGCCCUUCACACUACACCCUCCUUCACACUACACCCUCCUUCACACUACACCGUCCACCGCCUAUAUGUAUAAAGUUAUUAAACUUGUGCUGUGUGUGUAUGUGUGUGUGUGUGUAGAUGACAGACAGUAGUAAAGAGUGUAUGAGUGAAGCCUUACUGAACCGCUGUAGCACGGAUCGCCUGGCCCCGCCCCCAACUCCACCUACUUCAGCACCCUCUACACCAGCGUCAGCAGCUGCCUCCUUCUUCGCCAGAGCGGCUCAAAAACUAAACCUGUCCUCUAAAAAGAAGAAGCAGAAGCCGACGCCCACUGCUCCAUUGACCACACCCCUUUUCCCAACAAACUUCAAUGGAAUCCUGCAGGUCACGUCCCCACCAGCCCCACCCUGUCUGCUCAGAGCUGUCAGUAAAGUGAGAGAUAAUCCAGGACUCGGCAAGGUGAAGGUGAUGCUGCGUGUGUGUGCCGUGUCCCAUGCUGAGUCCAGCUCCUUCCUGAAAGUGGACUCUCGUAAGAAACAGGUUAGCAUUAUGGAUCCAUCUGUUAACUCCACCUCCCAGCAGAGCUCCAAUCACAAACGAGGAGCCUCCACCCAAGUACCACCCAAAAUGUUCACCUUCGACUCUGCCUUCUCACAUGAUGCCUCACAGGCAGAGGUGUGUGCUGGUACAGUAGCCGAGGUGAUCCAGUCGGUUGUGAAUGGAGCUGAUGGAUGUGUGUUCUGUUUUGGUCACUCCAAACUGGGAAAAACCUACACCAUGAUUGGGAAGGACGACUCCAUGCAGAACCUGGGCAUUAUCCCCUGUGCUAUCUCCUGGCUCUUUAAAAUCAUUACGGAGCGGAAGGAGAAGACUGGAGCCCGAUUCUCUGUCCGUGUCUCUGCCGUGGAAGUCUGGGGGAAAGAUGAGAACCUGAAGGACCUGCUGUCUGACGUGGCCACAGGAAGUUUACAGGAUGGUCACUCACCUGGAGUUUACCUGUGUGAAGACCCCAUCUGUGGCAUGCAGCUGCAGAAUCAGAGCGAGCUGCGAGCGCCCACUGCACAGAAAGCUGCCUUCUUUUUAGAUGCCGCUAUCGCAGCUCGGUACAGCAGCCGAGCCGAGUGUGAUGAGGACGAACAUCGUAACUCACACAUGCUCUUCACACUGCACAUCUACCAGUACCGCAUGGAGAAGAGCGGAAAAGGAGGCAUGUCCGGAGGCCGCAGUCGUCUGCACCUUAUAGAUUUGGGAAGUUGUGUGAAGGAAGUUGUGUCUAAACCCUGUGAAAGUGCCACACCAAGUCAGUGUCUGUCUCUCUCAGCCCUCGGCAACGUCAUCCUUGCCCUCGUCAACGGCUCCAAACACAUCCCCUACAAGGACAGUAAGUUAACAAUGCUGUUGCGAGAGUCGCUGGGAAACAUGAACUGUCGCACAACCAUGAUCGCUCACAUCUCCUCCUCUCCCAGCCAUUUCUCAGAGACUUUGUCUACACUACAGAUUGCUUCUCGAGUGCUGAAGAUGAAGAAGAAAAAGACUAAAGUAAGCAUGCAGUACACGUCUAGCUCCUCUGGUGGAGAAAGCUCAUGUGAGGAGGGAAGAAUGAAACGUCCGACUCAGCUCCGGAACAUACACUCCAGGAACAUUAGAGACUCUGAAAUGCAGCUGCUUCACAUUACCAGCGACCAAGACGAUUAUUCCAGCAGCGAGCAGUCUUGUGAUACUGUCAUUUACGUAGGUCCAAACGGUUCUGCACUUUCAGACAGAGAGCUCACAGAUAACGAAGGUCCUCCAGAGUUUGUACCCAUCAUCACAUCUAUUCACGAGGAUAAGGGAGUCAUCUCAGUUAGGGAGUCAUCUCAGUUAGGUGAUUCUUUAAUCCAACCACCACAAAAUGUCCAGUCGAUUCAGACCCUUCAUCCUCAGACACUUCCUCCUGUACCUGAAGAAACUGCAGACCCUAACAAGCAGGAGAAAGAUUGUCUCAAAUGCAACACAUUUGCAGAGCUGCAGGAGCGUCUGGGGUGCAUUGAUGGCAGCGAGGAAGUAAACAAUUUUCCUUUUGAAGAACUUCUGUCCAACAGACUUAAGAAAAUUGAAUCUGUUCCAUCAUGCACCACCACAGAGGAUCCCAAGAGGAUCUCUAAUGAUCAGCAACUGGAGGAGAUCCGGGAAGUGGUAGAGGAAGCAGAGAUUGCACAGUCCAUUAUAGAAAGUCUGGCAAAGUCCACAAUAAACAAUUCUACUCUUUCUACAAGUGUAAGCGGAGGGACUGGUGUCAGACAGCUUCAAAGGGCCAACAGUCUUCACAACAGCAGGGAGUCCAUUAGUGGAGGAAGCAGCAGUGACAGCAAACCUCGUUCCAUGGGUUCCCCCAGACUCGGUAUAGCAAGCUUGUCAAAAACAUCAGAAUACAAACCUCCCUAUUCACCUUCUCAGCGCUGCAAAGUGUACACACAGAAAGGCGUAAUGCCUAAUACACAUCCACAACACACACACAACUUGUACAGAGAUUCAGGAAAGUCGUCUACUGAGUCGUUGCUUCAGGCUGAAUUUAGAACAUCUCCUGUCGGGAUGGGUCUUCAGGUACUGAAAUGCUCUUCUUCCUCCAACAGUUUAGGAUCAGUGGACACACUGUGUGAUGAUGUUCCUCAACUGCCUCUGGACAAUAAAAACAGCACACCGGUCACCUUGCAGCAGUUCUUAGAGCCACAGGCUGAAGAUGAUUUGGUCUUUACCCUUGUUGAGGAGUUAACACUGAACGGGCUCAUGGAGGAUGGCAGGCCCACCAGUCUUAUCAGCUUCAACAGUGAGUGCUCAGUUCAGGAUCUUGCAUUGGGACCACGACCAGUCAGCAUCAUCAGCAGUUUGAGUGAAGACUUGGAUUGCUACAGCACUCCCACCUCCAUUACCACUGCCACCAUCUCAGAAGCCAACGUUGUUACAUUUCUGCCUCUCAGCAAGGAGGAAGGGGAGUUCAUCAUAAACCGACGGCCCUCUAACAGUUCUUGGCUGACGGAAAUGAGUACAGGAAGUGGUGAAGAACAACUUUGUCAAAGCUUUGUUAUGCAGCAAUGCUUUGGGCAGGGUGACGGACUAGCUGAGGCUCAGCUUCUGGAAGUUAAUGAGGUCGGGGAGCUCACAGAACAGAACAAGGAGGAUGGAAAUGUUUUCUGUGGAAGUGAAACUUCCACCAAAAUGUCUCCAACCAUGGGAAAAACAACAGUCACCAUUUCCAAUGUUCAGACAUUAUGCACCUUGACCAGCUUUUCCCGUAACAAAACUAAUAUAACAACUCAGCCUUGUGUUGCUCUAAUGCCCAUUAUUCAUGAUACACCAACCAAACCUCCUUCUGUCAAAGAUCACAGAUCUCCACCGGUUCCUCUCUCAAGUAAGAUGAUCUUUAAUGAUCCCUGGAUGAAAAGGGAUUCCUCCAGCCCCGAGGAACCUGUCUGUGAAGUAAAGCUAGAGAAAGGAACAUCUGAAUAUAUAAAGAGUAAAAGUGUGUUAGACAGAAAAAGUUCAAGUAGCUGUGAAGCAGAAGGUUCUGAUUCCUUCAAGAGGGUCAUAGAUGGAUGUGAAAUGGUUCUAAAUGCUUCAGAAAACAUCACACCUUUGUUUUCAUCUAACAUCCUCAGGACCGGCAGCCUUCCUAGGGCAUGGCAUCACCUAAACAAGCAGGAUGACCUUGAUGAGUCUUCUUAUCGCUACAUGAGUGGAGAAUAUAAAACCCUUGGAGUUACUACAUCCACUCCCUGUAGUCCUCGAGCCACACUGGAGCGAAGAUUAUCAUCAGGAAGGCAAGGGUUCUUCAGUCGUCCAAAAGGAAUCCCACCCUUACCACCUGUGAGGAAGUCAAGUCUUGACCAGAGAAACAGAGCCAGUUUGCAGCACAAUUCCACAAAUAACCCGUGUCCAAGCCUGAACUUACCGUUCUUGGGCAUCACUCCAGAGAAUCCGGCUAAACAAACAGGACCAAACCUGGAGAGCAGCAGACUCUUCAGUGCCAAACUUGAGCUUUUGGCUAACAGAACCAAUUCUCUGGGAAGAUCCCAUGUUGCCCACUAUAACUGUCAUUCUUUAGAGAGAGGGGAGAGUCUGAUGCUUGUUGGGUCUAAAGCAGCUGUAGUGAGAGAUAGCACCAUGCCCCGAGUUGGCAGAAGCAUCACACGUAACUCUGUCUCUUCUCCGUCCAGUGGACUGACCUGCAAUUCCAGCGUAACGCAUUCACCCAAAUCAAGCCAAUCCAAAAUCUCAGCUGUUACCAAACUCCUCAUGGCCAGUCCUAAGUCUCGAAGCCUUUCCACAUCUAGCACCAAGAGCUUGAGCUUCUCCACCAAGUCCCUUCCACAGUCAGUAAACAGAAGCUCCAGUCUGCCCCCUAAUGGAAAGAACCAAAACCCAAAUUCUUGGUCAACUCAAUCUCUAAGCCGUAACAGGGGAUUAGGGCUUACCUCGAAGCUGCCUCUUAGAGCUGUAAAUGGACGAAUCUCAGAACUUCUGCAGGGCAGUGCAGGCCAGACCGGUCAUGGACGAGGUAAUACUGAGGAACGAGGAGGAACAGUCCAUGGUGCAGCAGUGGUUCAUACAUUACCGUCCCCAUAUAGUAAGAUUACUGCUCCACGGAGGCCACAUCGUUGCAGCAGCGGCCAUGCUAGUGAUAACAGCAGCGUUUUGAGCGGAGAGCUGCCACCGGCCAUGGGGAAAACUACACUCUUCUACCACAGUGGGGGCAGCAGUGGUUAUGAGAGUAUGAUACGUGACAGCGAGGCCACCGGAAGUGCAUCUUCUGCUCAGGAGUCUAUGAGUGAUAACAGCAGCUCAAUUAGUGGAAGAAGGAGUCUUAAAAAUGCAAAGAAAAGGAACACAGGAACCCAGAGAAGGCGCCUCAUUCCCAAUUUGACCCUUGACCCCACGUCACCCGUAAGGAAGCCAAUCCUGAGCCCCGGAGCACGCUGGUUUGACGCACCACUUCGCCCCCCUCAGAGGGGCGUGGCUGAACCCUUUGAGAUUAAAGUUUAUGAGAUCGAUGAUGUGGAGCGUCUGCAGAGGAGGCGGACCACCGUCAGUAAGGGCGUGGUGUAUUUUAGUGCUAAGUUAACUAUUUUGGAGCAUCGACAGCAAAAGAUCUCAGAAAUCCAAACAAAAUACGACUGGCUGAAGAAAGAACUGGAACAAACUAAAAAGCAUCUAAUGCUUGAGCCGGAGAAGUGGACCUCUGAGUUUGACAUGGAGCCUGUGUUUGAGGUCGACUCUCUGGAGUAUUUAGAGGCUCUGGAGUUCGUCACACAGCGGCUGGAGAACAGAGUUAAUUUCUGUAAAUCUCACCUGAUGAUGGUCACGUGUUUCGAUGUCACGUGUCGCCAACGGUAACCAUGCAGGAAAACAGGAAGUGCAGUAGCUUCAGAGUGCAUGUCUGUAAUAAUAAAACAAGUAAUACAUCAAAACAAACAAAAACAUUUUUUGUAAAUGUUGAUUUGUUUGAAUGUAAAAUUGGGAAAUUUAACACACUUUUAUUUCUCAGACAAUAUUAUUUAUUAGACAGCUAUGUCACAUGACCUGGGCUGCGUCCCAAACACCACGUAGCUUAUUAGCUAGUAAAGUUAUCGUGUCCUCAAACUAUAUUUUAAUUAUCAGUGAAGAAAUCUCAGACAUUCACACAGGAACUUUUGGCUCUGGAAUCACAGGAACAUUCACAGGAACAUUCACAAGAACAUUCCCAGGAACAUUCCCAAGAACAUUCACAAGAACAUUCACAGGAACAUUCACAGGAACAUUCCCAGGAACAUUCACAGGAACAUUCCCAGGAACAUUCACAAGAACAUUCCCAGGAACAUUCACAGGAACAUUCACAAGAACAUUCACAAGAACAUUCACAGGAACAUUCACAGGAACAUUCAUAGGAACAUUCACAAGAACAUUCACAAGAAAUUCACAGGAACAUUCACAGGAACAUUCCACAGGACAAGAAGUUCACAUUAUGGUGUGCAGAUUUUCUCACAUGAUAAUAUUGUGAUGAUGAAAACAUUUUAGCAGAUGUUCAGUGGAACAGGACGAGCUGUAAAUAGUUGCUUGCUUUAUUAGAAUGAGGCCUGAUUCAGAGGCAGAAAUGGAUGAAAAAAGAAAACAGAACAAAGAAGAUUAAAAAGGAACAAAGUGCCUUGAGAAUAAUUUCAUGAUGAUUUGUGAACAGAAGCUGCUCAAAAAAAUCUGUAAACUAAAAGAGCUUCUUUAAUUCAGUGUUUUAUCGUCAGGUUAUUUGUACUGAACGUAGUUGUAAAGUUUCUGUGUUUUUAAUUCGUAUUAUUUGUAACUUUUCACUCUAAGAGACCACACAGAGUCGAACGGCUUUUUAGGAAUUAAUGUUUUUUGCAUUUUGUGGCAUGUUUUAUUCUUAAAAACUACAAGGAAGAUUUUUAAAAAGGCAGUAAACAAAAAGCAGUGAGAUUCAGAGCUGAUCAUCAGUCAUGCUCACUUAUGGUUAAUGGAUGUUUUCAAGGGGUGGUUCUGACCCAGGAAGGUCCCUCUGAUUGGUUAUUCUCCAUUAAAACAGAAAAUCCAAAAGAGUAAGCAAAAAAGUAGGGUUAGGGGUUGGGGUUGGGUUUGGGGGUUAGGGUUUAGGGGCUAGGGGCUUUUGGUAUAUAAAGUAAGUAUUUAAAUGAAUAAAUAUUUCUCCUUUAAUUGUUUAUCUGUGCCAAUCAACACACUGCUAAUGUUAAAUGUGCUUAAUUAUUUUACUUUAAUUGUAAUAAAUAAUGAAUAAAGUCAUGCUGGAGGUCUGCUGCAUGCUGAAGGACCCUCACUCCAUGUUCACUCCGUGUUCACUCCGUGUUCACUAUGUGUUCACUCCGUUCACUCCGUGUUCACUCCAUGUUCACUGUGUUAACUCUGUUCACUCCGUGUUCACUCCAUGUUCACUAUGUGUUAACUCUGUUCACUCCGUGUUCACUGUGUUCACUCCGUGUUCACUAUGUGUUAACUCUGUUCACUCCGUGUUCACUCCAUGUUCACUCCGUGUUCACUCCGUUCACUCCGUGUUCACUGUGUUCACUCCGUGUUCACUAUGUGUUAACUCUGUUCACUCCGUGUUCACUCCAUGUUCACUAUGUGUUAACUCUGUUCACUCCGUGUUCACUCCGUGUUCACUCCAUGUUCACUAUGUGUUAACUCUGUUCACUCCGUGUUCACUCCAUGUUCACUGUGUUAACUCUGUUCACUCCGUGUUCACUCCAUGUUCACUAUGUGUUAACUCUGUUCACUCCGUGUUCACUAUGUGUUAACUCUGUUCACUCCGUGUUCACUCCGUGUUCACUCCGUGUUCACUCCGUGUUCACUCUGUGCGGUCUCACUGUCCUUCUGUAGUUAUUUAACUUUAAUAAAAUGAAUAGUAUUUGUUCGGUGCUUCAUACAGUAAAAUGUUUGUAUACUAAAAAAAAUAAGAAAGAAAAAAAUGUAAUAAAAAAACACCACAUCAACUUUUUUAAAUGAAGGAUUAUUUAUUUUUUACCACAGAGCUGUGUGUAAUGUAUAAUUUAUUUGAUGCUUCACCAAAUACUAUGCAUUUAAUGUGUGUGUUAUAAACAAAUCUUUACAUAUAUUUUGUUCUCUCAUUUUUAUGUCAUGCUUAUUCACAAAAUUCUGCAUUUAACGGUAAAAAAGGAAACGUGUGUUUAUGCUGUAAGAAAUGUCUCUUUUUUCUGCUUGAUUCAGUGUUUCUGCUUUUCCACAUCACAUUUAUUAAACAUUCCUGAGAUGAAGCCAGCGUUUCUGCUCAGAGUUUGAUGGAGUGACGUGUUUAUGGAGAUAAGCAGCACAACGUCAGUGUGUUUCUGUCCUGUGAAAAAAAUCUGAAUGAAAAUCUGAGACAGACAAAAAUAAAGAAUGAUCCAG